UGCCCUUGUGCUGACUGCUCGUCCGUCUUCUCGCGACUCAGGAGUCCAGUCCCUGUUCAUCGAUUUCUCUGGUCGCUGGAGUGGUGGCCUUCGCAUUCUGGAAGUGGCAGCGACCGAGCUGGAAAUUUAUUGAUUGAAUAGCUUUCAAAAGUCAUGGCGGGUUGGCAAAGAAAUUUGCAGACCAUAGUUCGUCAAUUUGGGAAAAGAGUGGCACAUAAUUACCCUUCAUCAGCUAAUUUUUCGGCCUCUCGGUUGGAAUCCUCUCUUGCACCUGGAGAGUUGCCUUUCUUACAACGACUCUGGAAAUUACCGGACACAAAUGUCUCAAGGCCUUUCUAUCGUUAUUUGCAAGAGUCGGGUAUAUCCAGUUCAAGGAAGUUGCUAGCAGGAGCCUCAGAUGAAAAGCCCAUUGCAUCUCCAUUAACGCCUACUUUGGCAUUGAGUAGUGGCAAAUCAGAAAACCAGAAGGCAGCCUCUAAACCUGCAAAAGUUCAAGCAGUGUUAAAGGACAUAAAACAGAGUCCUAAGAAGGUCAACUUGGUUGCUGCAUUAGUUCGUGGCAUGCGUGUUGAAGAUGCACUGUUGCAGUUGCAAGUGACAGUGAAGCGAGCUUCAAAAACUGUCUACCAGGUCAUUCACUCUGCCCGUGCAAAUGCAACCCACAACCAUGGACUGGAUCCAGACCGUCUUCUUGUUGCGGAGGCAUUUGUUGGGAAGGGAUAUUUUAAGAAGAGAAUCUCCUAUCAUGCUAAAGGGAAAUGUGGAAUUAAAGUGAGACCCGAGUGCCGACUGACGGUGGUAGUAAGGGAGACCACCGCUGAAGAGGAAGCCGAGAUCGCCAGGCUGAAAGUCAGCAACUUCAAAAAGCUCACCAAGAGAGAAAACCGGCUUGUUCCUCAUAAGCUUAUUGAAACAACUCCUAUCUGGAACCGGAAAAGCAGAACUGCUCAUCGCGAGGCUGCUAAGAUGGCUGCAUGAGUUGGGCUGUAUCGGGCCGUUUCUUGCUAGUAUUGGGCCCAAAUUCGAACGGUGCUCUGUUGGAGAUAUAUUUAAUUGUUAUAUUGUUCUGUUUAAAACUAGUCAGGCCCAAGCCCAAACUCGAGUGACGGGCUACUGCAAUUGCAUGAUUUUUUUUUUUUAUUUAUAUAAGAUCCAACACCUCUCAAUAAUAGAGAUAACUCCUUUAAGUAUAAAAUCGUGCGGACCUUGUAGGCUCAAGGGAACAAUACUUCUACAAAUUAUUUGGGUUGAAUU